AUGGCCGCUUCAGUCGAAACUGGUAGCAGCAUGAUGGGAUUACCAGCAGCCCUCGACAUCAGAGUGGAGGACAUCGUCGCCUUUGAUCUCAAUACCAAAACUGGCGAAACGACGAACCCCGGUGCAACUGCAGAAGCAAGUGCUGGUACUGGUACUGGUGCUGGCUUGAUACUCGUGGCAAAGACCUGCGAUGCACUCACAAAGAUGGGCUACGAAGAUGCAGACGUGCGCAAAGUAGGAAUCCUGGUUGAACGAAAUUUGAUGACUGCUCUGUCGACACAGCUUGCAAAGGUACCGAAUGAGGACGAGCCAGAAACCAUAAAUGAAGACGAGGUGGCAGGAGAAGUCGGUUUGAUGCUCCAAGGACUACUGGACAAGAAUAUCCCGCGGUCCCGCAACGUGCAAGUGAAUUCCAACGAACCGGUUGUGUUCAUCAAUCGAUCAGAUACAUACGAUCGGACCGUCUUCGCUCAUGUUGUGGACGAAACCGUUAGGCUGUUGCAGCAGAAGUGGAAUAUCUGGCCGGUACGCGUGUAUGGUGGGCCGUGUGUCAAAGCAUCCACUGACGGGUUUUCCAUUACGUUGCUGAAUGUGGUGAACACCGAUAUUGGGGGUCCAAGUAUGGUGCAGUUGCUCGACGCCGCGUGUGGUGCCCCAGAGUGGUGUUCCUUCACCAGGACCGAGGCAUGGAGGGAGAGAGACCUGCUCUACCGUGAAGAGAGGGAUGUGCCGUGGAGGGAGGAUGAAAGCGUGUGGGACGAUAUCUCCGAACGGUCCUCGCAAAGUGAUGGAGAUGCUUCGCUAGAUUCGCAGCCUCUAAGCCUGGUGAGCUCAUCUUCGCCGGAACCAACAGAGCCAGACCAUGAGCAGCAACCGGGAGGCGAUGAUGCUGGUGCAUCUCUCACUCCGGAGGUCAUCUCGAAAUAUGAGAGUGCAGCUCCACCUGCCCAGGAGACAACGCCGGCUGAUUCGGAGACAGGGGAGCCCUCUUGGGCUCACCAAUACCAAUCGCCAGAGAGGCAUGUCGAGCAUCCAACAUGGGAUCGCCAUGAUGACAGCGUCUCGUUGCUUGAUUUGAUCAAAUCUCAGGUAUCAAGGCUCGCACCGUCUGACAAGCAUGAAGAUGCUUCAGAUGAACGGCAAGGGGAGGCGGUCGACCAGACCAGCCAGGCACAGGACAAUCCUGCCACUGAGGACGAAUUUGUGGUCGUCUGA